AUGCAAACAAUUUCCACUGCUCUAUUCACACCUAUUAAUGUUGGCAAUUCCCCCUUGAGCCACAGAAUCGUACAUUGCCCUCUGACCCGUAUUCGUACCAACGCCGACCGCGUUCCGGUUCCUUUGAUGACCGAAUACCACAAACAACGCAUCUCUGAAGGUGGUUUGCUUAUCGCCGAAGCCACGAUAAUUUCAGAAGACGCCGGUGCUUACCGACUUACUCCCGGGAUAUAUAACGACAAGCAAAUUGAGGGAUGGAGGAAUAUAACCACAGUUGUCCAUGAUAACGGCGGAUUUAUAUAUCUCCAACUAUGGCAUGCUGGACGUGCUGGUGUAUCCUCUUUGAUACCUGGAAACAAACCUCCUGUUUCUGCAUCUGCAAUUCCAAUUAAUGAUAAGAAUACUAUUGGCGAAGAUUCUGAAGUUCCUCAUGCCCUUGAAGUUGAAGAAAUCUCUCAGAUCGUAAAGACAUACACUCAGGCUGCUAAGAAUGCUAUUUGUGCUGGAUUUGAUGGCGUUGAAAUCCAUAGUGCUAAUGGCUAUCUUCUCGACCAGUUCAUUAACAGCUCGUCUAAUGUACGUACGGACCAAUACGGAGGUUCAAUCGAAAACCGUGCUCGAUUUACUCUGGAAGUUGUAGAAAGCGUUUCCAAAGCCAUCGGACAAAACCGCACUGGAAUCCGCCUUUCGCCUUGGUCAGGAUUUCAGGAUGUAAAGGAUAAUACGCCUUAUGAGACUUGGGGGUAUAUUGUAGAGCAAUUGCAAGAAAAACACCCUAACCUGGCCUAUAUUCACUUUGUUGAGCCUCGCGAUGAUUAUGUCAGUGGGCCUAACCCCCGAAAGGAUAGAAAGGAAAUCAUGGAGAAGGACAGUAUUGAGCCAUUCCGCAAAGUAUGGAAAGGUCCACUAAUUACUGCUGGUGGAUAUACGACAAAUCCCAAGCGUGCAUUUGAGACUGCUGAAAAACUAGAUAAUACGUUGAUCGGUUUUGGUCGUACGUUCAUUGCAAACCCUGAUCUUGUUCUUCGUCUCAAGAAUGACUGGCCCCUAAAUAAGUAUGAUCGCUCUACCUUUUAUGGAGGAGACAGUACCGGAUACACUGACUAUCCUUUCUAUAAUUCUUCCGCAGCUAGUGAUAUUUUAAAAAAAAAUUAG